GGCAAACCUGUGUUUCAACAUUUUCUGGAAAUUCUUGACACUUUCAAAUGUAUUCCUGAUUUUUCUUGUUUUCGCAUAUUUUUCACAAAAUGUUGCAUUUAGUGAACUUAUCGAGAAAUUCUCGGCUUUUGUCAAAUCUUUCGAAGAGACACUUGCGGAGGGUCAGCAGAAGUUUGAGCGAAAAUGGAACUUUAACCUCCAAUACAAAGUGCCGCAUAAAUAGGAAUGAAACGUUAAAAAAUACGCUGUUUAGCAGCAGUACCUCAAGCAGACUGUUAAAAAAUAAUAUAGCCAACCCGAAGUUCUUAGCUGCAGCUAGAUUUUGUAGUACGAAAAACCCUGAUGGCUCGGACGAGGAUGCAGGGGCACCACAUGAAGAGGAGUCAUUUAACCCCCAACUGCCUGCAACAGUUGCGGUCCCAGAGGUUUGGCCCCAUGUGCCGGUAAUAGCCAUUUCCAAGAAUAUCGUGUUCCCUAGAUUCAUAAAAUUGAUCGAACUUACCAACCCACAAUUGAUCGAGCUGAUAAGGAGGAAAGUAAAGUUGAAUCAGCCUUAUGCGGGUAUAUUUUUAAAAAAGCAAGAGGAAAACGAAUCUGAAGUUGUCAAUAAUGUAGAUGAUGUAUAUAAAGUAGGAGUAUUUGCCCAGAUCCAUGAAAUGCAAGACCUUGGUGACAGGUUAAGACUAGUUGUGAUGGCACAUAGAAGAAUAAAGAUAACAGGGCAGUUAUUUGAUACUGUAGAAGAUGAACCUAAAGCACUGAAACUAACCUUUCCUUCAUUCAAAACAACAAUGCACAUAUUUCCAGAGGAAUCAGAGGUAGCUAGAAGGCGCAAAUUGAGGAACAAUCGACCAGCGAAAAAGCAGGAGUCCAAGCCUGCUGACGAGAAGGCUGAUGCCAAAACGAAAACGCCUCUAAAGGAAGGUCUUCUAAUGGCCGAGGUCGAGAAUGUUAUGCAUAACAAAUUCAGACAGACAGAGGAAGUUAAGGCUCUGACUCAAGAAGUUAUUAAAACUAUAAGGGACAUAAUAAGUCUGAAUCCUCUAUAUAGAGAUAGUUUGCAGCAGAUGAUGCAUCAAGGUCAGAGGGUUGUUGACAACCCUGUAUAUUUAAGUGACUUAGGGGCUGCGUUGACGGCUGCAGAAAGUAAGGAGUUGCAAGAAGUAUUGGAAGAAAUGGAUAUACCAAAACGUUUGAUGCUAACGUUAUCCCUCUUGAAAAAAGAAUACGAGUUAUCGAAACUGCAGCAAAAAAUCGGUAGGGAAGUAGAGGAGAAAGUCAAACAACACCACAGAAAAUACAUUUUACAAGAACAACUGAAGGUGAUUAAAAAAGAAUUGGGAUUGGAGAAAGAGGACAAAGACGCGAUAGGGGAGAAAUUUAAAGAGAGAAUAAAAGACAAGGUUUUACCGCAGGCGGUUUCUUCUGUUAUAGACGAAGAAUUGAACAAGCUUGGUUUUUUGGAAAGUCACAGUUCGGAAUUUAACGUGACUCGUAACUACUUGGAUUGGUUGACGUCAUUACCGUGGGGUGUACAAAGCGAGGAAAAUUUGAAUCUGCAGAGAGCCUCCGAGAUCCUUGACCAAGAUCAUUACGGUAUGGACGAUAUCAAGCGGCGCAUUUUGGAAUUUAUCGCGGUCAGUCAGCUGAAGGGUAGUACACAGGGUAAAAUUCUAUGUUUCCACGGACCGCCUGGCGUUGGAAAGACUAGCAUUGCAAGAUCCAUCGCCAGGGCACUGAACAGGGAGUAUUUUCGGUUUUCUGUGGGCGGGAUGACAGACGUGGCUGAAAUCAAGGGACACCGAAGAACCUAUGUUGGCGCGAUGCCUGGGAAAGUUAUACAGUGCCUUAAGAAGACGAGAACCGAAAAUCCCUUGGUGCUUAUCGACGAGGUUGAUAAAAUCGGAAAAGGUUACUCGGGCGAUCCAAGUUCCGCACUACUAGAACUAUUAGACCCUGAGCAAAACUCAAACUUUUUGGACCAUUACCUCGACGUUCCUGUGGAUCUGUCCAAAGUAUUGUUCAUUUGUACUGCCAAUGUAGUUGAUACAAUCCCUGAACCGCUUAGGGAUAGAAUGGAAAUGAUAGAUAUGUCAGGAUAUGUGGCAGAAGAGAAAUUGGCUAUCGCGAAGCAGUACUUAUUACCACAGGCGAUGCGGGACAGUGGUUUGAAAGACGAUCAAAUUCAGGUUAAGGACGAAGCUUUAACUAUAUUAAUUAAAAGUUACUGCAGAGAAAGUGGUGUUAGAAAUUUACAGAAACACAUUGAAAAGAUACGUUGGUUUCAGGUGGUUCGCAAAGUAGCAUAUAAAGUUGUGAAAGACGAGGCUUCGUUUGUUGACGUGGAUAGUAACAAUCUACAAGAAUUUGUUGGAAAACCAGUAUUUACACACGACAGAAUGUAUCCUGUCACUCCGCCUGGGGUUGUUAUGGGACUUGCGUGGACUGCCAUGGGUGGUUCGACGUUAUACAUCGAAACCACAACAAGACGUAUCCCCACGGAGAAAGAAGCCGAUGCAACGUUGAUCCUUACUGGCCACCUGGGAGAAGUCAUGAAGGAGUCCGCGAAAAUCGCACUGACUGUCGCUAGGAACUUUUUACUAAGGACCGAACCUGAAAAUACUUUCUUGCAUAAAAAUCACCUCCAUCUUCACGUUCCGGAAGGAGCAACGCCAAAAGACGGUCCUUCAGCUGGAUGCACGAUCACCACUGCCCUUCUCUCAUUGGCCAAGGGCGAAUCCAUCAGGCAAGACGUUGCGAUGACCGGGGAAAUUUCGCUUAUGGGCAGGAUUCUACCGGUGGGAGGAAUCAAGGAGAAAACCAUUGCCGCGAAACGAUCCGGUGUCAAGUGCAUAAUUCUGCCGGAAGAAAAUAAGAAGGACUUCAAUGAUCUGCCUAGUUUCAUCACUGAAGGUUUAGAGGUACAUUUCGUUAGUACUUUUGACGAGGUUUAUCAUAUUGUAUUUAAUAAGAAAGAACCGCCUCAGAUAAAAAUAUAAAUCGAUGAACUGUUGUAUAUAUGUUAUCUAUUUUUUUAAGCGGCAGGUUUGUUACUAUUUGUAUACUUGCCGCUUAUCGAAUUCCACUUUUUGUAAAUUUGUGAGUAAAAAGACUUUGCUUAAAUUUUUUAUUCAUGUUUUUGUAAAUAAAGCGUUUUAAUUUUUA